AUGCAUUCAGCAAAUCAUUGGGGAGGAUCGUUUGAGAUUUACAAUGGAGCAGAAUCAACAACCGAUGAUGAGAAGAGUCGUAACAUGGAGUGGGACAAGGCAGCCUUGCAACCCGAUCACCAGCAUCAUCUAGAUGAGACACAGCAGAGCUGGUUAUUGUACCCUCAAGAGACCAAGAAAAAAAGUACGUGGACUUUGGCUGCCCAUAAAGCCUUGAAAUGGACUCUUUAUGCCUUUGUUUUUGCCAUUCUUGUCAUCGUACUCCCUACCGUCAUCGUCAAGACUUUGCCAAAGCACAAAUCUAAGCCUCCUCCUCCAGACAAUUACACUCGUGCCCUCAACAAGGCUCUCCUCUUCUUCAAUGCCCAAAAAUCUGGUAAAUUGCCUAAGAACAAUGGAAUACCAUGGAGAGGAGAUUCAGGGCUACAGGACGGAAAUGGUACUGAGUUUUCUAAAGUAGGUCUUGUUGGAGGAUAUUAUGAUGCUGGAGACAACACCAAGUUUCAUUUUCCCAUGGCAUAUGCCAUGACAAUGUUGAGCUGGAGUGUCAUUGAGUACAGUCAAAAAUAUGAGGCCAUUGGCGAGUACAAGCAUACCAGAGAUCUAAUUAAGUGGGGUACUGAUUACUUGCUAUUAACCUUUAACUCCAGUGCCAGCAAAAUUGACAAAAUUUAUUGCCAGGUUGGUGGAUCUCAAAAUGGCUCCAGAAUUCCAGAUGAUCAUUACUGCUGGCAAAGACCUGAAGAUAUGGACUAUCCGAGACCUACACAAUCUGUAAAUGCUGGCGCUGACCUUGCAGGAGAAAUGGCAGCAGCCCUAGCUGCAGCCUCGAUAGUAUUCCGAGACAACGAGGCCUAUUCGAAAAAGCUUGUAAAAGGUGCAGAGACAGUAUAUGCCUUCGCCAGGGAUGGUGGAAAACGGCAAAAAUAUUCUCGUGGGAACCCUUACAUUGAACCUUACUACAACUCCACUGGCUAUUACGAUGAGUACAUUUGGGGUGCUACUUGGUUGUAUUAUGCCACAGGAAAUACUAGCUACAUUAGCCUGGCAACCGAACCAGGCUUCUCUAAGCACUCCAAGGCACUUUUCAAUAUUGCGGAUUUGAGUGUGAUGAGUUGGGACAACAAGUUACCUGCAGCUAUGCUUCUGUUAACAAGGUACAGGAUAUUCUUGAAUCCAGGAUAUCCAUACGAGGAGGUGUUGCAUCUGUAUCAUAAUAAGACAGAACUUAACAUGUGUUCUUAUCUCCAUCAGUUCAAUGUAUUCAACUGGACUAAAGGAGGAAUGAUCCAACUGAACCAUGGAAGGCCACAGCCUCUUCAGUAUGCGGCUAAUGCUGCCUUCUUAGCAUCACUCUUUGUCGAUUAUCUGAAUGCCACCAGAGUUCCAGGAUUCAUUUGUGGUCCCAAAUUUAUUACACUGGAUGUUCUUCGGAGCUUUGCCACCUCACAGAUCAACUACAUACUAGGCGAUAACCCCAUGAAAAUGAGCUAUGUGGUGGGGUAUGGCAACAAGUUUCCCAGACACGUUCAUCACCGUGGAGCAUCAAUACCUAAUGACAAGAAAAGAUAUUCAUGCACUGGCGGAUGGAAGUGGCGUGACACCCCCAAAGCCAAUCCUAACAACAUUACAGGAGCCAUGGUUGGAGGGCCCGAUCGCUUUGACCAGUUCCGUGAUGUUCGCUCUAAUUACAACUUUACCGAGCCAACUUUAGCUGGAAAUGCAGGACUAGUUGCUGCGCUGGUAUCCUUGACAAGCAGUGGUGGAAUUGGCAUCGAUAAGAAUACAAUCUUUUCAGCGGUUCCUCCACUCUACCCUCCAAGCCCUCCACCUCCUCCAGUUUGGAAGCCUUGA